AGAGAGAGAGACUCUAUAUUCUUUCCUCAGGGAUAGGGGCUCUAUCUCUUACUCUAUCUGUCAUUCCAAUGGCCACAAUCCUCAGAACUCCAACGUUCCUCGUCCCUCCAUUGGGCCGUGUCUCCACAUCCUUGGAAACUCCAAAACGUUUGUGUUUUUCUUUGAACCAGAGAUGUAUAAGACCUUUCAAUUUAUCGCUCUCCAAUCGUUCGUCUAAAUCAUCAUUUCGGUUCUCAAAAUUAACACCUUUUGCUGCCGCUGGAGAAACUACAGAGACCAACGAGGUUGAAGAAACUCAAGUGCAGGAGAGCUUGGAUGGCGAAGCUCCCGUGGAAGAUGGUGUGCCCGAUGGUGGCACUGUCGAUGCAGAAGAAAAACCAGCUUCUGCCGUCAUUGCAUCACUGCAAGCAUACAAAGAAGCUUUAUCAAGUAAUGAUAAGUCCAAGGUUGCUGAGAUAGAAGCCUACCUUCAAUCCCUUGAAGAUGAGAAAAUAUCUCUUGCAAACAAAGUAGCUAUUUUGUCUGAAGAAUUGUCAGUGGGGAGAGAGCGGAUUCUUAGGAUCAGUGCAGACUUUGAUAAUUUUCGGAAGAGAACAGAGAGAGACCGGCUUUCCUUGGUGACAAAUGCACAGGGGGAAGUGGUGGAGAGUCUAUUGCUCGUGUUGGAUAACUUUGAGCGAGCUAAAGCCCAAAUUAAAAUAGAGACUGAGGGAGAGGAAAAGAUCAACAAUAGCUAUCAAAGCAUAUAUAAACAGUUCAUUGAGAUUCUGGGAUCACUUGGUGUUGUUCCUGUGGAGACAGUUGGGAGCCCCUUUGACCCAUUGCUGCAUGAAGCAAUAAUGCGUGAAGAGUCCACAGAAUUCGAAGAAGGUAUCAUAAUUGAACAAUUCCGCAAGGGUUUCAAACUUGGUGACAGGCUCUUGCGUCCAUCAAUGGUCAAGGUUUCUGCUGGUCCUGGCCCAGCAAAAUCUGAAGAAGUAGGGCCGUCAGAGAAUGCAGAUAACAGCAGUGAAACAAAUGAAGGGACCAGUCCAGAAGGGGAAUCUACUUAAUUUACCCUGCAUGUUUAAAUUUAGAUCAGUUUUGUAGAAGUGGUUGUAGUUCUGAAGGUUGUGUGUUACUGUUAGUGUCAACAUUGUUUUCUGGUGAAGUAAUUUUUGCAUAGGGAAUUUUAUGAGUAGUUCUCUUUCAGAUGGCAUUGAAACUGAUUCAAGGGAAUACAAUUGUAUAAGAAAACUAUCAAGGUAGGAUAUCUUUUUGUAUUUUCUCUUUUGAUUAAU